CAUUCCACACCAGUCGGCCAUAUUUGAUGUGAUUCGCCAUGGCUAUGCUUAGGCCGGUUUCGCGUUUAAAUUCUGUAGUUUCCAAGGCUGCAAGGCUUUCAUCAGCCUCAUUACAACAAAGAAGAGAAAAGGGGGAUCUAAUAUUAACGUUUGCUUCACCUGGUGAUGUAUAUUAUGUUCAACAAAGUGUGAAGCAAGUAGAUGUCCCUACGUUGGCCGGAUCAGUGGGUAUUCUACCAGAUCACGUUCCAUGGAUUGGGUGCCUGAAGCCAGGACUACUGAGUGUGUUUGAGGAAAGUGGCACAAAAGUACAAUACUUUGUAAGCAGUGGUACAGCUACAGUCAAUCCAGACUCCAGCUUACAGAUAUUGGCAGAAGAAGCAGUGCCUGUAGACAGACUGGAUACUUCCGCAGUGACCAGUGGUCUAGCCAAGGCACAACAGAUGGUGACCAGCGCACCCACAGACAAGGAAAAAGCAGAGGCACAGAUUGAAGUGGAGUGUUACGAAGCUUUACAAAAAGCUCUCCUUGACAAACAUUAAUGAUUUCUUAUGGUUAUAGAUAUUACACUCUCUACUCCAGUGUUAUACGUAUGAAAUGGACAGUGUUCAAGUUAAGUAGAAUUGAGAAGUGUGUGUCCAGCACCUGAGUUGUUACACUAUAUUUCUAAAAGUUUUGCUGUGCAGAGAUGAUUCAGUGCAUUUUAGGGGAAAUCAAUU